AUGCCUCAGUUAGAUAUGGUCACUUUCUUCCCUCAAUUUUUCUGGUUUUGUGUCUUUUUUACAGGAUUCUAUCUGACUCUUGUACAAAAAUAUCUCCCUCAACUUACAAGAAUUUUUGCCGUGAGAGAAGCCGCACAACAGACAACGCCAACGGAUCUCACAACAGAUGCGUGCGAAGCCCUGGCCCAGAAAACACAUAAAGUGUUUUCAGAUAGUGUACAAGAAACAAAAAAAAAAUAUACCCAGCAGUUUCAAACAACAACGCAACUUUUAGACAUUCAAACAGAUGCGUUUAAUACACACACACACCAAGCAUUUGAAAAAUAUCAAAGCAAAAAAAUCAUGUUGCAGCAAACAGUGCAAUACACACUACAACACAUGCACCACGUGUUACCUGGGACCCAAGGAAACAUGCCAAAAGUGGAUGCAACAAAAACAGCACACUUUUUUUCCCAGGCCUUGGUACAGAAGCUUUGUGUACCACACAACCAAAAAAAAUAA